AUGAUGGAAUCAAUCUUAAAGGCUCGUGGUUUGUUUGAAAUAAUCAGUACCGAAGAUAAUGUGGAUGAGAAGAAAGAAAAUAUAACAACGGCAAUGGUCUUUCAAACAUUGCCACAAGAUGUCUUAAUGCAAGUUGCGCAAUACGAAAGUGCAAAGGAAGUAUGGGAUUCGAUCAAAGUCAAGUAUCUGGAUGCGGAUCUAGUUCAAAAGGCACGACUGCAAACCUUGAGGAGUGAACUAGAGAUGCUAAGGAUGAAGGCAAAUGAAAAAGUAAGCGACUAUGGAGGAAAGUUAAGUAGUAUAAAAGCCAAGUUUAAAGGCCUUGGUGAAACUUUGAAAGAUAAGGUGCUCGUAAGGAAACUACUUAACUCUGUUCCGAAGAAGUUUCUACCUAUCGUGACGUCUAUCGAACAAUGUCAAGAUUUAGACAAAAUGUUGUUUGAAGAAGCCGUUGGAAGACUAAUUGCUUUUGAAGAACGACUCAAAAGUCAAGAUGAACAUGAGGAAAAUUAUCAAGACAAACUUUUGAUGGCAAGUUCAAGCAAUCAAGGAAGAAGGAGAAACUUUAACAAAGUAGGAAAGGGACGAGGAAGAGAUACGAAGCAAGGAGAACAAGACAAGAAUAAAAUGAGAUGCUAUAAUUGUGGUGAAUUUGGUCACCUUGCUUAUGAAUGUAUCAAAUGGAAGGAGAAAGACAAGAAUGAAGUAUCACACCUCGUUUAUCACUCCGAUGAAGAUUCAGCCUUGCUGUAA